AUGCAUUUCACCUCAAGGUCGCAUGGGUCAAGGCCCAGUGCAGGCAGCGUCAUAGCUGCUCUGCUAUUGGCGCUCAACCCAUUCGCCUUGGCCUACAAACUGGAUCCUAAUUCGACCACUUCGGUUAAGUCAAUCUCCAAAUCAAUCGCCAAGGAUAUGGUUGCGAUGUAUCAUGGUCAUGAGCCCGGUGGUACGCCGGGUUUGCUACCGGAACCUUAUUACUGGUGGUACGCUGGAGCCUUUAUGGGAACACUGGUUGACUAUUGGGCAUAUACUGGCGAUGACCAGUAUGUCAACCUCACCAAGCAGGCACUCCUGUUCCAAGUCGGCGACAACGAUGAUUACAUGCCUAUCAACCAGACAAGAACCGAAGGAAACGAUGACCAAGGCUUCUGGGCACUUACCGUUAUGUCUGCUGCCGAAUAUAAUUUUCCUCAUCCCGAACCAAAUCAGCCACAAUGGCUCGGACUUGCUCAAGCUGUUUUCAAUACCCAAGCUGCUCGUUGGGACACAGAACACUGUAAUGGCGGACUAAGAUGGCAGAUUUUUGAGUGGAACAAGGGUUACGACUACAAGAACUCGAUUUCCCAGGCUUGUUUCUUUGCUUUGGGCGCUCGUCUAGCUCUCUUCACCGGCAACAACAGUUAUGCUGACUGGGCUGACAAAACCUGGGAUUGGAUGAUAGGAACUGAGUUUAUUGACCCCAAGAGCUGGUAUGUCUAUGAUGGUGCUCACAUAUAUAAUAACUGCACCAAGAUGGUACCGUAUCAAUUCUCCUACAAUGCAGGCGGUAUGAUUCUUGGCGCUGCUGCCAUGUACAAUCAUACCGAAAGCCAGGUCUGGAAAGAUCGUCUGGAUAAUCUCCUUGAAGGUGUCAAGGUCUUUUUCACAGGCCCCCAGAGUAACAUCAUGACAGAAGUCGCGUGCGAGUCAGUAAAGCUCUGCAAUUUGGACCAAAAGUCCUUCAAAGCAUAUUUAAGCCGUUGGCUGGCCGUUACCACUCAAUGGGCACCCCAUACUCACGAGUUUAUUAUGCCCCUUCUGCGUACAUCAGCCAUUGCAGCCACGGAUGUAUGCACAGGAGGCGAGAACGGACGAAUGUGUAGUCUUUACUGGACCAAGAACACAUUCGAAGGUGAGGUGACCGUGGGUCAACAAAUGGCAGCAUUAGAAGUCACUCUUGCUUGCAUGAUCCAGGAUCGACCUGCUCCGUUAACGAAAAAUACCGGAGGAACAAGCAAAGCCAACCCUGGUGGUGGUUCAGCUGAUAUCGGACGAACGAUCCCAGAUCUAGACUAUGAUCCCCUUCCUGCAGGCGAUAAGGCUGGAGCUGCUAUUCUUACCGUAUUGGUGGUCACCGGCCUGCUCGUUCUCAUGACCUGGAUCCUCUUGGACGAAACAUCAGACAGUGGCCCAAUCGAUCAAUUCCGGAAUUUUGGGUCAUCAACUACUGCCGCAGUUACGGCUCUGGCUGCAGGCGGAGGCGCAGGGGCAAUAUUGGGACACCAGAAGACAAGGAACAUUGAUGAGAAGAAUGGCGCAGUAUUCCACAGUAAUGACAGUUCACAACAGAGCGACGGAAGGCAACCUUUUAACAACAUGCCAAUGUAUGGAGGUGCCCCUUACAGCCAAACUCGUGGGCACCGUCGAGUGUCUAGCAUGCCAUUGGGUUGGCCACAGCAUACUACACGGGGAAAUGCUGCAUACGAUUCAGACGGAAUAUAUCCUGUCUCUGCCUCACAACGGCAGUCUCGGAACGACUGGGCGGCUGCAAGCCCCGAUGAAUCCAAUAGCGGGCCAAGAAGCUCGAUCAGCGGCAGAGGGAGUUACAUACAAAAUGACGUUCCAACGAGCGACACAACUCCUGGUACCGAUGAGCUCCGCGCAUUGAAAGACAGAAAUGGCAACAAGGACAUCCACACCUUCCCAGACGUUGAACCUGUACAGGGAAACGGGCGAGGGACCAUUGGGGUAGGACAGUAA